UUUUAUUUAGAAAAUCAAGUUUAAAAUAUACAUAACAAUUUUAAAUGUCAUCAUGACAUCUUUAGCUGAACAACUUGCUGAGCUUUUUGAUCCGAGUGUGAAGAGCAUUGACCCAGAAGAUGAUAUUUAUGAAGAAACCAGAGCUAAAGUUGUAGAGAAAGAUGAUUUGAAUAGUGAUGCUGAAGAUGAAACAGGUAUUCAACAUGUUCCUGGAAUUGGCCUUAGAAAAAUGCAGUCGCUCGAAGGCAUGGGAGAGCUAUAUAGGGGUAAAGUUGUAUCAAGGAAUCAAACAUCAGAUGGUGAUGGAAGUGAGUCUGACAAUGAAGAUAACAUUGAACUGGAGAAUGGGAAUGCUGAAGAUGAAAAUAUUGACAGUGGAGAUGAUCAAACUGAUGAAGAUAUUGAGAGAGAAAUGAAUGGUGAUACUAGCUAUAAUAGUGAAGUUGGAGACAUUAUGCUAGAUGAAGAUGAUGGAAUGGAUGAAGAAAUUGAUUCUGAUGAAGCCGAUGGAGAUGGCGAUGACAGUUUAAAAAUAUUUCAAAAUAGGAAAAAGGCUGAUCCAUUAUUAAAAUCGAGAGCUACUAGAAAUCAAUUUUGUUUGUGGGAAAAUAUGCUUGAAGCUCGAAUAAAAUUUCAGAAGAUACUUACAAUAUCUAACAGAUUACCUCAAUAUGAUAAGAUGGAACUAUUUAAAACUGAAUUACCAGCUUCUCUUUCAUCUGCGGAUAAAAUUUUGUCUAAUCUUUUAUACAAAUUGUUAGAAUUAGAAAGGAGACUUCUCACUCAAAAUCCUGAAACCCAGUCAAUAGCAGAUUCUAAAAUCAGUAAUAACAAGCGGAAAAGUACAACGUCGAUGGAAGAGGUGAAUGAUAUGAUCCAAGACAGAUUUACUUCAUAUAAAACCCAUAGGAAUAAAGUACUGAAGUUGUGGUAUGAUAAAACAAGAUUAACAGCGACAUCAAAAUCAAAGUCAUUCUCAAAUUUUGAACGGUCGACAGUUUCUCAGAUAGAAGAUAUAUUGCAAGACCGUGAAAGAUUAAUCAAGCGAACACAAUUGAAAAGAACGAACUAUCGUAUACUGGGAACGACUCAGUCUAAUAAACUAGAGACACCUGUUGAAGAUGCUAAUAACCACAGUAAUCAUUUAAAAGAAUUUCUGCCUGAAAUAUAUGACGAUGAUGACUUUUAUCACCAGUUACUUCGACAACUCAUUGAACAAAAAUCAUCAGGACCUGGAGGUUCAUCAGAUCCAGUUGAACUUACGAGGCAAUGGUUAAAAGUACAAAGAUUACGGAGUAAAGCAAAGAAAAAUGUUGACACAAAAGCAAGUAAAGGAAGAAAAAUAAGGUAUGAGAUACAUCAAAAAUUACAGAGCUUCAUGGCACCAAAUGAUCAGUCAGAUUUUACUCACGAAGCUAGGAAUCAACUAUUCAUGUCUUUAUUUGGAAAUGUUCCAGAAUGUUCUCCUGAAAUAUAAAGAUUUACAUUGCAAA